CAGAACUUACAUGGUGACCUGUUGGAAAUUGUAUUAUGCGGCACACAAGCAGACAAAUGGCUGUGGUGACCCGUCAACUUAGUUUUGAUUCUCUUAACAGUACAGAAUUUAAAAACUGUGAUAAAGUGAAAGAUUGUUUUUUUGUUUGUUUUUUUCAUCUCUUCUACAGAGGAGAUUCAAUUUUCUUAUGUUAUAAACAUACAAACAGGCUUAUUAGUUGAUUGAAUUCUGUUCUUCCAUUCGAUCAACCAUGGAGAGACGUGAUUCAAUUCAGAGCCAUGAACAUGAGAAUGAUAUAUUUGACCCACUUCUCGCCAAGGAGGACAGAGAUGUAUUUGUGGAUGAAGUAAAGUGCAGUGCAGCUCUAAUGUGGGAGGAAGUAAAGAAACAAUGCUGGAUAGCAGGGCCCAUGGUGUUAGUGAACUUGUUACAGUUCAGCAUGCAGAUGAUGUCAGUUAUGGUGGUAGGGCAUUUAGGGGAACUUGCGCUCUCUAGUGCAGCUAUUGCUACUUCCUUUGCAAAUUUCUCCGGCUUCAGCGUGCUGGUGGGAAUGGGAAGUACAUUGGAAACACUAUGUGGACAGGCCUAUGGGGCAAAGCAAUACCAUCAGCUUGGGAUUCACGUGCAGAGGGCUUUUUUUGCUCUUUUUUGUGUGAGCAUACCAAUUGCUGUGAUGUGGGCUUACAUGGGCAACAUUCUAAUUGCAUUUGGGCAGGACCCUCUAAUAUCCUUUGAAGGAGGGAAAUAUGCCAGAUGGAUGAUUCCCAGUCUGUUUGCUUAUGCAGCCCUUCAACCCCUUCUAAGAUUUCUGCUGUCACAAAGCAUUGUCUUUCCCACGAUGCUAUGCUCUGCAUUUACUUUGUGUUUGCAUGUUCCAAUGUGCUGGGUUCUGGUAUUUAGAAGUGGAUUAGGAAAUAAAGGGGCUGCCUUGGCAAACGGCAUUUCGUGCUGGCUCAAUGUGACACUUCUUUUUCUAUAUAUUAAAAUUUCACCUGCAUGCAAGAGGACAUGGACAUCCUUUACAACGGAGGCUUUGCGUGAUAUUAAACAUUUUCUCAAGCUUGCCAUUCCAUCUUCAUUCAUGAUCUGCUUGCAGUGGUGGUCCUUUGAAAUACUUAUCAUCUUGUCAGGUCUAUUGCCCAAUCCAAAACUCGAGACAUCAGUUCUUUCAAUCUGCCUUAACACUUCUUCUGUAGCAUAUAUGGUUCCCUUUGGUUUUAGUGCUGCUGUAAGUACACGAGUUUCAAAUGAACUGGGAGCUGGACGCCCAAAUGCUGCCCGCUUAGCUGUGUAUGCGGUGUUCUUUAUAGCAAUAAUAGAGGCAGUCAUGAUGGGAUGUCUUUUAUUCUCUAUACGAAAUGUUUGGGGCUAUGCUUACAGCAAUGAAAAGGAAGUCAUUGAUUAUAUUGCAAGCAUGAUCCCAUUGCUAACAGCCUCAUCAUUUUUGGAUGCAUUCCAAUCCGUUCUUUCAGGCGUUGCCAGAGGAUGUGGGUGGCAAAAUGUGGGUGCUUACGUUAAUCUUGGGGCAUACUACAUGGUUGGAAUUCCUGUAGCUUUCUUUUUGGCCUUUGUACUGCAUAUUGGUGGCAGGGGACUUUGGCUCGGAAUUAUCUGUGGCCUUUUUGUACAAUCAUUUUCACUAUUCCUAGUAACAACACGUAUAGGCUGGGAAGAACAAGCAAGAAAUGCAAGAGAGAGAGUAUAUGCAUCAUCAUUACCCAUAGUUACUGGUGAUAUGAUAAAGGAUGAUAAAAAGUAUGAACCUUGAUGGUGAUAAGUUUUGUAACCAAUUUUCAAGCUCCGAAGAACAAAGUUGAUUUUUGGCUGCCUUCAGCUCUAAAAUGUGACAGGGUACUCCAGCUGUAAAGGCAAUGCCAUUAUUAAAUGAGACAGUUUCCUUAAUUUAAUUAAUAGUGCUGGAAAGAGUGGCUUCAUUGUCGGAGAUUGGUGAUAAGAAAAACUGAUCAAAUUAUGGUCAAAUUCAAAACAAUGUUCACAAGGACCAUUAUAAUCUUCUCUAAUGUGCUGUUAUGCGUCAUUAUUUUCAUUGAGAAGUCUUUUGUAAUGUCUCAGGGGUUUUUAUUUUGGUUUUAGUCGGCUAU